AUGACUGACAUUGCUGGACUUGUGUUUGGCGUUGCUGCGCUUUGGCAAUCCUGCGUCCAGGCCUACGAAAUCAUCGACUCCACCCGCCACCAUGGCAUGGAAUUCGAGCUUCUGAAUGUCAAGUUCGAGGUGGAGCGCGUCCGCCUGCUCUGCUGGGGCGACGCCCUGGGUCUCGCUGGUGUGCAGACAUGGGCAUGGAAUCCAGGAACAUCGCCGAACUCUGGAGAUCAGAGUAACAUUAACACAACUAGGUUAGACGUCCGGCUCCGUCAAGAGGAUGUUCGCAGCACCGUGCUCCGUCUGCUUGGGUGCAUCCAGCACGUCUUCGAGAACACAGACCGGUUGCAGGACUACUACGGCCUCCAAGAAGCCGCUCCGCUCGGCCUGACAAGCCAAGGCCAAAGUCAGACGCAGAGCCAUGGACAAGAGCAAGAGCCGCUGCCACCGCAGACCCAGCGCAUUCUCAUUGGCGUGUUCAAGCGACCAUACGAGAAUCUGCGCCGCAUGGCCGGCCACCGGCAGCGGAGCACCGCACUGAAUCGCCGGGUGGUAUGGGCGGUACGCGACCGUCGCAAGUUCGACAUGCUCAUAAGCGAGCUGCGCGGGUUCAAUGACAGCCUCGAGAGUCUGUUCCCGGACGCGCAGAUACGGGCCGCCGCAGCCAUGAGGGCCGAGAUUGAAGGUGCCGUCGAGAUCCGGGGGCUGCGACUGCUGCAGGAGGCGACAGCAGAGGAGCACCAAGAUCUCUCCGAGUGUGCGAGCCUACGGCUAGAGUUGCUAUCAGUUUCGAGGAUUCAGGACGAUGUGACUAGCCAAGCGACGACUGAGAAUACUUGGGCCAAAGAUGGUUGGGAAGAUGCUGACGAGGAGAUUCCACGGGGUAACCAGCAGGCUGAGGCUGAGGGGCGGACCACGCCGACUGAGGCUACUCAAGAGGAGCCUGAGUUGGAUGAAAUGACCAAGCGGUUGAGAGAGCUUGAUCUGUACAAUGCGAAGAAGAGCUUUGGAGCUGUGACUCUCAGCCUUAUCGGUCCGCACGGCGGACUGGCGCAUGUCUCUGGGCAUGUCUACUGGAUCGGCGACAAGACCGAUCGUACGUUCCCAUCUCCAUGGCAGGACAGGGACAAAGGCUUCGUGUCGACAACACAUGCAGCUUUCGAAAUUUACAAGCGGAAGAAGUACAUGAAGAAGCCGUCUCGGGAUAAGUAUUGGUCGCAUGAUUCGGAGGAUUACGCGCUACUUGAUCCUGAAAGCCACGUCAAGUUCGAAAACGAAAACCCUGGAACCGUUACGGUGGAAGGCUAUGGACUGGAGUGCUGGGACUUUGAAACCACGAAGCCACGCAACAGAGAGCAACUUAUUACAGUGAAUUACUCCGAUUUGCCGGUGUUACCUGCCAGGACGCUGCUACGCAGAAUAGACGACCUGCAAAACCACGCAGGGAAAUUUGGUUGGAGUCCGGAUAAGGAAGAGCUUGACCUUAAAGAGGUGGUUGGGACCCUCGGUAUCGUCUACUAUGAUGCAAAAUAUGCAAAGGACCCAAGCCGAUGGAUCGGCGACUUGUACAGUCUUCUCAAUCGCACCGACGUCUUCGCUGACUUUACAACGUCAUCUACUAUUGGGGAGCAGUGGGCUGGCACAACAGACGACGGGUGUAUCGGAACUUGGAACUUGCUACGGCAGAUUAUUGUUGGCAGGGAGCUGGCUCUCCGCUUAAAACACCUGGACGAGGGCACGUCGUGGAGCGGCUUCACGGAGCGGGUCCUAGCAUCCCUUAUCGUCUCCGACUUGUGGCUAAAGCAUGUACAGAUUGUCCUCACUGAUGCAAAACUGCCAGCCGAUAGCCCCGAAGGCCCCGAGACAGCGGAACAAAAGGCCCAGGCAGAAGACUACAAGAAUCAGGGCAACGAAGCACUAAAGAAAAACGAGUAUCAGAAGGCGGUUGACUUGUACACCGAAGCAAUCAAGAUUGAUCUCUCAAAUGCGAUAUACAGGUGCAACAGAUCAGCAGCGCUGAUUGGGCUAGAUAUGUUCUUGGAGGCUGAGGAAGAUGCCUAUGUGGCCACCUUGUUGGACCCCAAGUAUGCCAAAGCUUGGUCUCGGCUCGGCAUGGCCAUAUUUAAACAGGGUGAUGCCAAACGAGCCAAGAAAGCAUAUGAACGGGCACUGCAAGUCGCUGGCAAGGACACGACAGCUCAGAUGCGCCAAGGACUUGCCAGCGCCGAGGAAAUGAUCAAAGAGAAGAUCAAGGCCAUCAACUCGGAGAAAGACAUUGCCAAACAGCACAAACUGCGCUCUGCCUUCUUGGACGAGGACUGGGAAAUAUUCGGCAAGGCGCCCGAGUUCCACUCGCUGGUCCACGAGCAGCAGGUCGAAGGGUUGCUGCUGUUUGCUGAGCGCAUGCGCUGGCCCUACAUCAACGAGGUGCGCGACUACGCCGAAGACGUCUACAGCAGUCUCCAUACCGGUGGUACAGUCGGCAUCCACUUACACGACUGGCUGUACGGUCUCGUGCUGCCGGGGAAAUGGUUCGCCUUCAAGAUCAUGACGGCCCUGAUCCUCUGCACGCCCAGCAUCAGGGACAAAACCGGCAUCGCUCCGUACUUUGACUGCGGCUUGGUGCUGCCGACGCGGUCAUACUGGCGUCUGAGGACAGUUCUAGGACGUGUUCUUGGCUGCCUGCCCGGCAUCAUCUCACUUUGUGGCUGGAUCGGACCUUGCCCCAAGGUUGAAUUCGACCCCCCCGUUGAGAGGCCGGUUCAACCACACCACGUUCGUGUCAAGGCGCGGCGAAUCGCCCUGACUGAGCACAGUACUAACCAAGACGACGGCGUGUGGGGAAGAUCACUGUACGACCGUCGCAGAGCGACAGACAUCCGCCCUGAUGAGGAGAUGGAGCCGUACAUGGCCGAGAUGCGCAACCCCAGCAACUGGGUGAUCCCGGAGCCCCCUGUGCGGGACGUGGGGACGUGCAAGAUCCUAUCCAUCCAGCUCAAGAAGCUGGCGCCGCAGGUAGGGGCGGCACGAAAGGCAGCAGAGGGCAAGAUUCAGGACUCUCAGGCGGAACACGAGGCCGAGUAUCGGGCCAGCAUCACGUUCAAGAUGGACAACAAUGAGGAAGCCGUCACCUAUAAGCUCUUCACUAAUCCGGUCUUCGUGACGCCGCCGCCUUGCAACGAGGGUCCUAGGGGCGCACACGAGGUGCACAUGAGGGGGCUGCAGCUGUUCCAGAAGAACAUUUGGUCGCUGGACAGGCUCAAGGACCACACCGCCGAGGAUACGGACGACGAUGAGGUCAUGGUCAUCAACGCCACCGGGAACGGGGCCGAAGUCUUGGCCCGGGCGUGGUGCUCCGAACGGGGCAAGUGUGCGGUGAUUCGCCGGCCGGGCGGGCCGUGCUUUGUGUGUGCGGUUCGGGCUGCUAGUAGGGAGAGUCUCGGAACGCGUGUCUUGAUAUGGACGGGCUAA